UUUUUAAAUCAUAAUUUAAACAAUACAAAAAAAUUCAAAGUAAUAAAAAUAUUUUUAUAUACCUAUAUAUUUUAUUAGAUGAUUACAUAAAAUAAUUAAGUAACAUAAACCGAUAUAUGUUUAAUUGUCUAUAAAUAUUUUAUAAUUAGUAAUAUUGAAAUGUUUUAUUUAUUUUUCAAAAAUUUAGUUGACUAUAAUAUACAUAAUCUAAGCACAAUGUAUCUUAAGUUAUACAUAAUCUUCAUAAAAUAUAUUUUCAUAUCUAAGAUAACAACCACCUAAAUGCAAAUAAGAAAUUAAUCAAAAUAUUAAUAUAUAGAAUAAAAAAAUAUUACAGUUGAAUUCAUAUAUGCAAUCUAAUUUACCCAAAUGAUAACUAAAUCGACUGAAAAACAAUAAAACCGAUUAGAUAUAACAUAUAUAAAAUUAUAUGUAUAAUUAAAGUAAUAUAAUAUUAUUAAUAUAAAUGAUGCAUAUAAAUUAUAAAUUAAUUUAAAACACUCUUUAAGCAAAAAAUUAAAAAAAGUUGGAUUUUGGUUUUUACUUAGAAAUAGUUAGUUAUUUUAAAAAAACUAAUUUCCUAAAUUUUAGGAAAGCUAUUUUUUCAAAAAAUUGGAAACAAGCAUCCUCUAUAUAUACUCGGAAGCGAGUAAAGGUUAUUGCGUCGUCUAUUGAAGUCUGCUUUCUGGGGAAAAUUUUCGACAAGAGGGUUUUGAAUCGACUUGGGUAAGGAAAUCUCGAGGAUGAAGAGUGAGAGAGAAGUUAAGAACGGUGGUGUUGAGGAAGAGAGAGCGGUGAAGCGGAAGAGGGUAAUAGAGCUAUCUAAUGAUCACGAGCAGAAGAAGGAUAUCGGAGUUGCGAGAGUGGAGAAGAAGACGGAGCUCGACGAUGAUGGUGAUGAUGUCUCCAGGAAACAUUCACGCCAUGUUGAAGUUCGUGGUGAUUGCCCUUAUCUUGAUACUGUUAAUCGUCAGGUCUUGGAUUUUGAUUUCGAGAGGUUUUGCUCAGUCUCCUUGUCGAAUUUGAAUGUGUAUGCAUGUCUCGUAUGCGGGGAGUACUUCCAAGGAAGAAGCCACAAGUCUCGUGCUUAUACACAUAGCUUGGAAGCAGGUCACCACGUUUAUAUCAAUCUUCUCACGGAGAAGGUUUAUUGUCUUCCUGAUAGUUACGAGAUCAAUGACCCUUCUUUGGAUGACAUUCGACGUGUUUUAAACCCAAGGUUCAGUAGGGCACAAGUAGAAGAGCUUGAUAGGAAUAAGCAGUGGUCUAGGGCUCUUGAUGGCUCUGACUAUCUUCCCGGGAUGGUGGGAUUGAACAUCAUACAAAACACAGAGUUUGUGAACGUUACAAUCCAGUCGUUGAUGAGAGUUACUCCUCUAAGGAACUUUUUCCUUAUUCCCGAGAACUAUCAGCAUUGCAAGUCUCCUCUUGUUCACCGCUUUGGGGAACUCACUCGAAAGAUUUGGCAUGCUCGAAACUUCAAAGGACAGGUGAGUCCACAUGAGUUCUUGCAGGCUGUCAUGAAGCGAUUUAAGAUAGGCCAGCAAUCAGAUCCAGUAGAGUUUAUGUCGUGGCUCCUUAACACUUUGCACAUGGAUCUUCGCACUUCAAAGGACGCCAGCAGUAUCAUCCACCAGUGCUUCCAGGGUGAGUUAGAAGUUGUGAGAGAGUAUCAAGGCAAUGAAAACAAACAAAUCUCCAGGAUGCCUUUUCUGAUGCUGGGGCUAGAUUUGCCACCGCCUCCUCUUUUCAAAGAUGUCAUGGAGAAGAACAUUAUUCCGCAGGUUGCUCUCCUCCAUCUGUUGAAGAAGUUUGAUGGAGAAACUGUGACAGCCAGAAUGAGAUAUCGAGUCACCAAAUCUCCUCCUUACUUGAUGUUCCAUAUGGUUCGGUUCAAGAAGAACAACUUCUUCAAGGAGAAGAACCCUACCUUGGUUAACUUCCCCGUGAAGGACAUGGAGCUGAGGGAUUACAUACCAUCAUUGCCUACUGCCGCAGAAGGGGAGAAGACGUGUACAAGGUAUAACUUAAUCGCCAACAUUGUACAUGAUGGUAAAGCAGAGGAUGGGUGUUUCAGAGUGUUUGUGCAGCGGAAGUCGCAAGAACUAUGGUACGAGAUGCAGGAUCUGCAUGUUGCAGAGACGCUUCCGCAGAUGGUACAACUAUCAGAAGCAUACAUGCAGAUAUAUGAGCUGCAGGAGGAAUAGAGCAGCAGGAAACAAAGCUUACUCAUCAUCGGUUUAAGAGUUGGUUUCCAGGUUUUAUUUCUUGUAUCGAUGAUAUGGAGAUUAAAGAUAUGUUUCCACCACAACUCUUUUUGGAGAUAGAUAAUCUUGAAGCUAACUGAUAAAAAAAAAUACUAUAGAUAUAUCCCUAAACAAUUUCUAAUUGCCGCAUUAACUCUAAAAGUACAUUAAAUUAGAUAGGGUAUCUUCUUAUUCUUUAGGAAAUUCUCAGGUAUAUUCUUAUUUUAAAAACAUAAAUCUCAUUUUGUACAGAUCUAUAAAAUCUUUGAUGGAAUAACCCCUUCUCCAAAUUGAUUCUAUUAUGCAUGAAAUCCCGGUUACAAUUAAAUCUUUUGAUUUGUUAUCCUUUAUAUAUUAAAGUACAAGUCACAUGACUAAUAAUUUUUUGACACAUGGAUUUAAAGAAAAAAAAGCAAAUGCAUAAUUUUUAAUAUAAAAUAAAAUUGCUAAUAUUUUUCCCACUACAUCAUGAUCUCCUGUUUUUUAAACUGUUAAUCUUUCUUUAUAUGAGAUUUUUACCUACAUUAAUUGUAGUUUCUUAAUUUCUUUUGCUCCAUCAACUCUUUCAAUGAAAUUGUAAUGAAAUUUCGAUUUCUAAUAAUACAGACUAGAGCUUGACCCGUGCGACCGCACGGGUGUUUAUGUAAAGAUUUAUGUAUAUCAUAUUUUUUUUACUGUAUCGUGUUAUAUAUAUAUUUUUUAAAUGUGAUUUGGAACAGUUAUGUAACUAUACAAAAAGAUUGGAUGUAAUAUAUAUAUAUAUAUAUUAAUAUACUAUGUUAGAUCAAAUUUAUAUUGACAUUUCUUUCAUAUUUAAUUGUAUGAUUGAAAUGUAUUAUUAGUAUAUUAUAUGUUUGGGUCAAACUAAAAAUGAAUUACAACUAUUCUAAAAACUUAAUUGGACGGGAUAUAAAUUGACCCGUUUAUUUUAACUAAAAUCAUGGGAAUAAAGUUAAUUUUAUAUUCAAAAUAUGAAGCUAAAAUUGUUGGAAUAUUCCUUUUUUAUUAAAAAUAAUUGAUGAUUAUUAUUCCAAAACGUUUAUAAUAAGGAAGUUUAAAACAUAAAUGAAUCACAUAUAAUAUAUAUGCACAAUAUUUUAUUGGUAAGUUAUAGUAAUAAACAUUAAUUUUGUUUAUAUAUGGUAAUGUAUAUGUAUUAUAAGAUCAAAAACAUGGAAGUAGCUUUUAAAUUGUUUUUCAUAGUUUAGGUUGUUUUUAAUAUUUGUUUCAAUAGUUUGUUAAUAUAUGUGUAUUUUAAAGUUUUUUUAAUUACAUUUAACUCAUAUUUUUUUAAGGAAAACACAUUAAUCUAACUGAAAAAGACAAGCAUUAAAAUUGAGAAUUCAAUUUAAUUUAUAGUGGCAUGGAAGUGUAAUUAAAUUUAAAAACUAAGGGGUAUUUUUAAUGGGUACUUCUCUUUUAAUAAUAUAGAUGGAUCACUUCUUCGAAACUCUAUCCCUGUCUAUGUCUGCAAAUCUCAACCUCUGGCCAAAAUUUGGUAAAACAACACUCUUGGAAAAAAUAUUUCCAGCCAAUAUAAAAAAAAGAAAGAAGAAAAUCCCUUUUUUUAUGAAAGCUUAAUACAAAGUUGGCAGUUGAUGAAGGUUAAUUACAGGUUAGUGAGACUAACUAUGCUCUCUUCAAUACUCAAAUCAUAAUUUGUGUCAUGUUAAUUUUCUCAUGUCGUUUUUAUUUGUCUCCGGUCUAACCUACUUAUAAUCCUCCUAUAUAUUAAUUGAGAAAUAAAUUUAUUGAUUUAUGCUGACGUGUCGCUCAUAGAAUAACUCUUCAAUUAAUUGUUAUAAUUUGAUUGUUUGAUGGUUUUUCAUUUAUUUAAUUAAAGUUUUUAAAAGAAAACUAUUUAUAGAAUUACCUAAUUCAAUCCAUGUUUCCAAACAUAGAAUUAAGCAUCUUAAAUAUAAAUGAAUUAACAUAAUUUGUUUAUAGAAAUAAUUAAUUAUCUAGAUUACAUUAUAUAAAUUGAUAAUAUACAUAUAAAUACAUAUGAUUCUAUGGAAACAAUUAUAGAAACGGUUUUUAUUAUGUUUAAAUUAGUAGUAAAUAAAAUAAAUCAUAGAUUUUAUAAAACUAAUUAAUCUAAACUUAAUAAUAUUAAUUAAAUUAACUCAUUCACUAUAUAUAGUAUAAAAAUGUAUCAAAUGAAUGCAAAACAGUCAAAUAUAUUAUUCUUAAAAAUUCCAAUCAUUUUCCAGUGACAAUGUGAUAUCAUAUAUGCGUUAUCACUUUUAAAAAUGAUUAAAAUAUUUUUAUAUUUUAAAACAUAAAAUUAUAUGGUAAGUUAUUUAAACGUAUAUUAAUCAAGAAUUUUUUUUAUUUAAUUCGUCUAUUAAUAUAAACAGAUGAAAUAACAUUAUUAUAUGGUAAGUCAUUUAAAAUUAUAUUAUUUGGUAAUUCGUUUAAUUUAUUAUAUGGUAAGUCAUUUAACUAUAUUAAUUAAAUUACUUUUCACAGGAUUUUUAUAGAAUUAAUACGUUAUUAAUAUAAUUCAUAUAGCUUGGAUUAUAGUAAAAUUAGCAUGCUUAUUUUUAAUAGAAAAAAAAGAACAAGAGGGAAGAAUAAUAAAAUAUGUUUGUUAUGUUCUUGGUAUUUUUAUAUUCUUAUUUAUUUAAUUUUAUUUGUAUGUCGAGGUACAUGUACUUUUUCAUGUUACUAUAAAUGUGAACUAAUUAGUUUUACGUGUUUUUAAAAUAUAAAGAUAAAAUUAGUAAGGAAGUUCAAUAAAAAUGAUCAUCUCUACAAUUGUUAAAGGUAAAGAUGAAAAAUAUAAUGUAAAUUGAAAGCAAGAAAAAUAUAUUUAAAUAUUAAUGAGAUGUAUUUUUUACGCUAUAAUAAAAUUUUAGAAUGUAUAAUACUAAAAUUUUAACAACACUUAUACAAAUAAAAACAUCCUAUUUCAUAUAAUAUUGGAUCUCACAUUAAUAUUAAAAAUAUAUGCCUAAAAUAACGACAUUUGGUUAUUUAAAAAUUGAAAUAUUUUUUUUCUUAUUAGUUAAUCAGAUUUAAUUAAUAUAGGUAUGUUUUAAUUGAAUUUAAAAUAAAUUAAAAAAAUAAUUUUAAAAGAUAUGUAAAUUAUGAUCAGUUUUAAUUAAAAACAUUUGGUUGAAUGAAACUAUUCUGGUUUUUCCUUUUAAUUGCAUAGGAAAUUCAAAAACCAGAUUCCCUAUUUUAUAGGGAAACUAUUUUGGCAAAAUCUUGAAUGGUUUAAAACUAGUUUUUGGAAAAACUAAAACCAAUUCAAAAACCACAAACAAUCAACCUCUUAGUGUUUGAUAAAAUAGUGUGAUGAUUAGAGAUAAUUUAGCGAAGAUUUUUUUUGCUUAACCCAUUUGAGUUUUUUGUUAAGCACUAAAUUUAAAAAAAAAUGAGUGAGAAAGUGUGGUUUGGAACAAAUUAUGAGAAACAUUGCUUAAACUACUAUUUUCCUAAUACAUGUUUUUAUGUUUACCUUAACCAAAUUUAUCCUUAGUUUUAAAGAGAUAAAUCAUACUAUAUAUUAAUUGAGAAGCUACUUAAUUGACUUUUAAUUAUGUGUCUUUAAUAGGUUAAAUUUCAAAAAUAUAGUUAAAAUUUUAUUGGUUGUUAACAUUUAUUAGUUAUUAUUUUAAUCAGAUUUUAAAAUAAAAGGUAACACUAGAACUGAUUAAUUUCAAAUUACCAAAUAACACAAAUAAUAUUACAAAUAAUGAUUUAUGGUAACUAAUUGUAGAAUUAGAGAAAGAAUGUAUAUGUUUUAUCAAUUUUUUUUUAUUUUUAUCAAUUAGUUAUAUAUAAUUAAAUAAAAUACUUUAGCAUUUUUAUAGAAAUAAAUUUAAUGGUUAUAUAUUAUUAUAUAAAAGAAUUGUAUUUGUAGGUAAGGAAUUAUUAUAAAUUUUGAUGUUUUUAAAGCCCACACAAAACCAAAACCGUUUACAAAAAGAUCUUUCAUGAUAAAAGCCUCCGAACAUUGUAUUUGUCAUAUUGGAGUUACACAAGAAAAAUACAUUCUCUCUUUUUUUUGAUGAAAUUUCAAAUUUAUUGAUCAAGGCAAAAAAAUUCUUACGUUUAUAGCGGUUAAGAAAGACAAGAAAAAAAUAUACUCAUAUCUAAUCUCAGGGUGAUUUUCCUUAGUUUAUAGGUGCUUUUACAAUUUUAUAGAAGUUUUUUUUACUGACAUCAAUUAUUUAGAAAAUAAGGUUAAUAAUUUUACUGUUUUUGCAAGAGAUAUGUUUUCUCUGAAUUCUUAUAUCUAAUAAUUCUUUGCUGUUUUUUGAAAAAGAGAAUUCAAUAUUUUACAUUUAUCUUGUGUCUAUAUUGAAACAUGGUAACUAUAAAGAAAAGUUUUUUUUAUUAUUUUUUUUAAGUUUAUCACUGAUAAACCUCAAAAAUAAAAAUUCUUACGUUUAACAUUUAGUUUCACUGUAAAUUUUACAUAUUAUAUCUAAAAAUAUUUUUACAUAGUAAUGCCCGUACAUAGCACAGAAGAUAACACUAGAUAAUUAUAAAUCACAAUUUCUAUAGAUCUAUACAAAAAUUAUGGAAUAACCCCUUCUCCAAGUCAACCCUACUUAGCCUAAAAUCUCAGAUUAGAACUGUUUCAUUUAAAUUGUUUGACCAAAUAUAAAAUAUUAUAUCUCAAAAUGCAUCAGAACAUUUGUAAUUAUAAUUCAUUACUUAUAGUUUAAUUUUUUCCCUGAAAAAUGGUUAGUAAUUUAUCUUAUUACAAUUAUUUUAUUAAAAUUAUAAUGAAGAAUUCCGUUAUGGAUAUCCAAAUCAUAUUGGUUAAUAUUAGAUUAGUGUUUUCACCUCACGUCUAUAUCUAUAAUACAGUGAUAUAUUAAUCAAAAGAGAAAAAGACCAAAUUAGCACAAAAUCAAGUUUUUGUUCUCAAACUAGCACUCAAGGCCAAAAGUCACAAAAAUAGCACUCAAUGGGUGGGGUUUAGGGUUUAGAAUUUAAGGUUUAGGGUUUAGAGUUUAGGUUUUAGGGUUUAGAGUUGAGAAGUGAGGCUUUGGAGAUAAGAUUUCAAAUUUUGAAAAAUAAAAAAAGUUAAAUUUUUCAAAAGAUAAAAUGCUAUUUUGGUCAUUUUAGUUUUUGAGUGCUAUUUUUGUGAUAUAAACUUAGAAAUGUGCUAUUUUGGAGAUUUGCCCUAAUCAAAAUCGUAUUGCUUAAUAUUAGAUUAGUGUUUUACUGCACGGUUAUAUCUAUAUAAUACACUGAUGAACACUAUUAAUACAAAAGACAGUUUUAAUAUUGUUCUUUAAACAUAAAAUGGAAUUGGACAAAUUUGAAACUAAACAAUGUAAAAUAUAUUCAGAAAAUAAAAUCCGCACGGAUGCGCGAAUCAUGAUCUAGUACAAAUUAAAAUUAGAUAAAUAUACAACUUUAACAACAUACUAACACUUACACACAAAUAAACAAUAAAAAUAAAUAUGAUUACUUAACUUACCCACAAAAAAAAAAAGAUAAAAAAA